GGUCAUGGGUGCAUUGUGGAUACCAUUUAACAACAUCAAUCGUAGCACCACAAUUACUGAGUUUACCAUAUGCGUUUAGAUUUCUUGGAUGGGCUGGAGGCAUUAUAUGCCUGAUUUUAGGAGCAUUGGUCACGUUUUACUCGUAUAAUUUGCUAUCUUUGGUACUUGAACACAAUGCUCAAUUGGGUCGUCGUCAUCUCCGUUUCCGGGAUAUGGCGCAUGAUAUACUAGGUCCAAGGUGGGGUAAGUAUGUAGUGUCCCCAGUUCAAUUUGUAGUUUGUUAUGGUGCAGUAGUUGGCGCUUGUCUUCUGGGUGGCCAGUGUAUGAAGGCUAUCUACUUGUUGUUCAAUCCAAAUGGUACAAUGAAGCUCUAUGAAUUCAUAACCAUAUUCGGAGCACUAAUGCUAAUCCUAGCUCAAAUGCCCUCGUUUCACUCUCUCCGCCACAUUAAUUUCAUUUCUCUGCUACUAUGCCUUAGUUAUUGUACCGCUGUUACUGCUGGCUCCAUCUAUAUAGGGCAUACAUCGAAAGGACCAAAGAAAGAUUAUUCUCUAGUAGGCAACUCAUGGGAUCGCUUAAUUGGUGCUUUCAAUGGAAUAGCGGUUAUUGCAACAACUUUUGGAAAUGGAAUUAUUCCAGAAAUUCAGGCAACAAUAGCACCACCAGUGAAAGGGAAGAUGUUCAAGGGACUAACCAUGUGUUACAGUAUAGUUUCAACGACAUUCCUUAGCGUCGCAGUAACAGGUUACUGGGCAUUUGGGAACCAAGCCCAAGGCCAGAUAUUAAGCAACUUUGUUGUACAUGGAAACCCUUUGAUGCCUAAAUGGUUCGUUUUUAUGACUAGUGCCUUUGUCAUUCUCCAAAUUGCCGCUGUUGGUGUGAUAUAUUUGCAACCCACAAAUGAAGUACUAGAGGGAGUAUUGGCAGAUCCGAAAAGUGGUCAAUUCUCUCUACGAAAUGUGAUCCCAAGGGUGAUAUCGCGGUCUCUCUCAGUCACCAUAAUAACAAUAACAUCAGCAAUGCUACCAUUUUUCGGUGACAUAAACGGAUUCAUUGGAGCUUUUGGUUUCUUUCCUCUAGACUUUGUUCUGCCUGCCAUUGUAUUCAACCUUACAUUCAAGCCUUCAAAGCGUACUUUCAUAUUUUGGUUGAAUCUCAGCAUUGCCGUUGUUUUCUCCAUAGUAGCGAUCGUUGGAUCAGUGGCCGCCGUAUGGCAAAUCAUUAUCGAUGCUAAAUCUUAUAAAUUGUUUGCUGAUGUAUGAUAAUUUCACCGAAUUGGUGAAGCUUAAGCUUAUAUUUCAAGCUUUUAAAUUGGAUUUGAAAGAGGAUGUUGUUUCUUAGACGAUAGAGCAUACAAGUUGUUAGAUUGUUUACAUAAAUAUUUUUCAAAGAGUUUUUUUUUCAUUAUUAUUGAGGUUUAGGCAGGGGUGGUACUAAGCAUGUAUAGGGUGGUCGAUUGCACAAGGGCCAUUAGUGAAUCUACUAUAAAAAGACCUCGGUUUUUGAAUUUAAUAACAUAUUUUACCUCAAAAAAAUUAUUUUAGCCUUUUAGGGCCUAAUUUAACAAAAUUACAUCGGGCCACUUUAAGUGUUAGCAUUUAUAUCCCCGUCUCUAGGUUUAGAUUAAUUAUUAAAUGUGUGUAUGUAAACCUAUGUUGUACUGUUCAUUGUAACAAUUGAAAAUCAAAGUGAAAGUUUUGCGUAGAACGGACUCACGUGAGUCCGGUUUAUAAUGCACACAUUCAUCCCCCCAUAUCAUUCAUGUGAAAAUCGAUAAUAUUAAUUGUCUUAUUCCUGAUAAAAAUUAUCUUAUUCCUGACUAAAAUAGUCUUAUUAAAUUAUCUUAUUCAUGACUAAAAUAGUCUUAUUCCUGAUAAAAAUUAUCUUAUUCACGACUAAAAUAGUCUUAUUCCAAUUAUCUCAAAUCAUAUGCCCACAUUAAGUUCUUGAGCAGUCAUUCUUCCACAUAUACACUUGGAGGAUUGAUUGAUUAUGAUUCUCUCUGUACAUCAAGCAACUAUCAUGAAGAUACA